AUGUUUCUGAGUCUCUGCCUCUUGGUGACAUUUAUCUUGGGGCUGUCCGGCUGCUUGGGCUCAUACGUGCCGUGCGAGCCGUGUGACCAGAAGGCUCUGUCCAUGUGCCCUCCGGUCCCGGUCGGCUGCCAGCUGGUCAAGGAGCCCGGCUGCGGCUGCUGCCUGACGUGCGCCCUGUCGGAGGGUCAGGCGUGCGGGGUGUACACCGGGACGUGCACGCAGGGCCUCCGGUGUCUGCCGAGGAGCGGAGAGGAGAAGCCGCUGCACGCGCUGCUCCACGGCAGGGGAGUGUGCACCAACGAGAAAGGAUACAAACCUGCACACCCGCCCAUAGAUCGUGAGUCUCGAGAACAUGAGGACGCCAUUACCACAGAGAUUACUGAGGAGCUGCAGCCAGCUAAAGUGCCACUCCUUCCCAAAGACAUUGUGAACAGUAAAAAAGUCCACGCGCUGCGCAAGGAGCAGAAGAGGAAGCUCGGCAAGCAGCGCUCCAUGGGGUCCCCCAUGGACUACUCCCCUCUGCCCAUCGACAAGCAUGAGCCUGAAUUUGGCCCAUGCAGGAGAAAACUGGAUGGGAUCAUUCAGGGAAUGAAGGACACUUCUCGUGUCAUGGCUCUGUCUUUGUACCUUCCCAACUGUGACAGAAAAGGAUUCUUCAAACGCAAGCAGUGCAAGCCAUCUCGCGGGCGCAAACGAGGCAUCUGCUGGUGUGUGGACAAGUACGGCGUUCAGCUCCCUGGCACAGACUACAGCGGAGGGGACAUUCAAUGUAAAGACCUGGAGAGCAGCAACAACAACGAGUGAAAAAGGGGAGGACCACCCUUGACCCCCACCAACCCCUUCGCCCUUACCCACCCACCUUUAACCACCACGUGACCCAGGGCCCACGCCUCCUCUCUGAAUCACAUCUGUAUGCUCCGCCCUCCGUUCACUUCAAGAUUUUUUUUUUUUUUUUCAAAUUGAAAAAAAAAGGAAGAAAAAAAAAUCCAAACGAAAGAACAGGCUGAAAAAAAGACACCUGUAUUUUUUUUUCUUUUCUUUUCUGUUGUUGACCAAGCACUCAUCUCCAAAUGAGGGGAAAAGUCCCAGAAGAUUUACUAGAUCCCUUGACUAUUGCUCACGGGACCCCUCGUAUGAGGCGGGUCCCCUGGCUGCAGAUCCAUGAAAAUAUAUGCACCCAAUGGAUAUAUUUUUAUAGAAGCUGGGAGUUUCAAUACAACACUUUGUAUGAUGUAAAAUUAACACAGAAUCAUUGUGAGAGAAAAAAGAAAAAGUAUCAGGCACAUUGAUUGAGAACAGAUCAGUUGUAGGCUGUGGAACAUGAUGCCACUGUGGAACUGAUGAUUGGCAGAGUAUUUUUUUUUUUUUGUCUGUUUUCCAAAAGAAAAAAAAAAGAAACAAUAGAUAGGGAUAUGCUGUAACAGUUGACUCUAUCUGGAUAUGUGGUUCUGUCAGAGCACUUAUGAAUAGGGGAACCUGCUCAGAUAUGUGUAACUUCACAAAAUGAUGCGUGCAUGAAUGCGUGUAUGUGUACAGUGCGUGUGUGUGGUAUGUAUCCGCCUGUGUUGGUGUAUGAUGGAGCCUAUUACAAAAAAAGAAUGUCCUUUUUUUUUUUUUUUUUUCUUUCUCUUUUGUUUGAUUUUGUCACAACAAGUAUUGCUAGCGCUUGAAGUGGUCUUGGGGCUGGCCUUCUCUAUAACCGAUGUAAAGUAUGUCUCGGGACACGGAGCGUUUGGAAAACAAAAGAGUGAGCAGAUCGUCACACAUGAACCUAUGUAAGUGGCUCUUCGACAAUGUAGCUAUAGCCUGAUAUGCCAACUGUGCCUAUUUAAACAGACACUGCCAUGCAGGGCGACACAGAGCUUAGAGAGCGCUGACUCUACCGGCGGAAUAAAGUGUUUUCAGCUUAAGCGAUGGGGACUCAAGUUUGACUUCGAUCUUUUUUCGAGUCGAGUGCGUAAUCGAACUUGUCAGUCGGGGGGCCAGUUGCUUCUCUGAUUCAGUCGUGUGAAGUGUAGUUUUGUAUGGUUUUGUUUGUGCUGUUUUCUUUGCCUUCAGUGAAGUAAAGACCGCCCACUUUUGAGCCAUGUUCCUUUAUCAAGUGGUUUCCCCUCAGUACUGCUACUACAGUGUAACCAUGGUGUAUUACAUUACUUUUAAAUAUAGUUAUUGAAUGUUGUUUUUUCCUGUAGAAACAUAGUAUGACAACAAUGUAAUUGUGCUUGGAAAAAAAAAAGACGAUUUUAGCCUGUAAAGAAUUUGAAUAGGUCCUUGUAGCCUGUCAGGAGAAUGACCAAGAGUCAUUAGACUAUACAGGGCAGUCAAAGAAGCUAACCUUCUGGAAGCCUUCUGCUUACAUGCCUUCAUGUUAUACAUCUAUGAGGAGCAUGAUCGAAACAAAAAGGUUACAGGGUCAUUUAAGAGUUGUUUUCUCUCUGUGUGCAAGUCACAGUGCCUUCCUACAUGCAAACACAUUUAAAUAGUGACGUGAAAGUGACAUGGAAAUCAAACGGGGCACAGAAAGAAGCCCUGAGCCCCCCCCUCCCCCUCCCCGCCGCGGCUGAUACCUGAUACAACCAUCAAGAGGUCUAGGUUUAGUUCCGAUUAAGAGAAGCACAAUGAAUGUGGUGUAGGUCCUGUAAAUGGUGUCAGCAACGCAUAGCGAAUCCAUUCGUAAUCUCCGCCUGUACCUCGGGGCAAUUCUGGACGAUAAGGAUGAUGUGCGAGGAACUGCUGCGCAACCGCAGUCAAGUUGAACCUCCCGCUUCUUCGACAACCAAUAAGCUAAGAUUCUUGCUUUUGUUUUUCACGUGAAUGCCAAUGUAUAUGAUUGCCAGAGAGGGGGAAGCCAAGGGAUGCUUGGAGGUAAAUCAACCUUCCAAAAGAAAUGAUAAUGUGCAUCCUAAAUGGCUUCCAGGUUGUGAAUAUAUAUUAUCAAGGCUCCUCGCCCCACUUCCAACACCAAAUCCCCAAUACCACUUUCGAAAAAAAAAAAAAAAAAAAAAAGCAGCUUGCACUUAUUUCAGUUACUCACUAUUGAUAUUGACACACAACGACGUCCUAAGAUGUGGUAUCAUGAAGUUGGUGGAACAAGAAAAAAAAAAAAAAAAAAAAAAAAAACAGCCACAAAAGCUAAAUGUUGUGUUAUCUUGUGCUUACCUUUUAAAGGUGGUGCUUUUGAGGUAAUAUUUGUCGACAGGGGCUGUGCAGCCCAUGCCUGGGACCUCCAAUACAGCAACAUCCUUUAGGGAAAAAAAUAGAUUUAAAAGUAACACGCAGCUAGAGAUGUUCUCAUGGCCAAUUGCACAGAGAUGAGAUAGAGAGAGGGGAGAUGAAAGAGACGGAGGGGAAAAGGAAAGAGGAAGAGUGAGCGCCAUGGGCGGUGGUCGUAAUCAGGGCCUAGCCACUUCCCCGAUAUGGGGUCACCAAUUGCAUGACAAUAGAUACAGUUAGCAAGACAGUUACCAGGAGUUAUGGAAAUCUGGGGAAUGCAAUACUGGAACCAAGAGAAGAGUUUGAUUUGAUACUCUCCAGUCAGAAAUAUAUCUGGGACCAUUCACUGUCUGGAUCAAUCAAGUGUGUGUGUACUUCAAUGUUCCAGGUAUUUGUUUCUUGAGGUUUAAAAGAAAAGGUCUCUCAACUAGUGUCAGUGACUUCCUGUUUCCCACAUUUGCGAGUAGUGACUUCCUCAGGUUUCAUAUCUCCUACUUGGUUUUAAACUCACAUUUCAUACGUCAGUAGUACAGUAACGACAGUUCAGCUUUUUUUUCUGAGUACAUAACACUUUCUGGAUGUAAUGAGUCAAUACAAUUGGUUUUCAUAAUUUGGUGUUCACUGGCUUGUGAAAAUGGACCCAUCGGUGGCUGGAGGACAGUGGGAAAUAAAAUGGUCAGUAUUUGGAACUACAUAAAAACAAAUAAGAAAAGAAAAAAAAGAAAAAAAAA